UCUAUUUUCGUCUGUUCUUGAAGAACACAUAAUGCAUAAUUCAACCUCAUAAACGGACAUUUAGAAGUUAAGACUAUCCGGAACGAAAGGCAGUAGAAUAAGACUGCUUGUCUGGACCUGUGACUGACGGGGGUGAACGCUUUUGUCUCUUCAGUUUAAAACUUUAAUGCACUGAUCUUGCAAACAAAGAUAGUCUAUGCUUCGCAAAGAAAGUAUCGAGUAGGCCUAUUGUAGCUGUAUUUGUCAUAUCACCCCCUAUAUGGAACUUCAGCAGCCCUUAUAUAGUUGAAUACGAAACGUAAAGAUGUUAGAUUGUAUCAGAUUGGAACGUUACGGUGUUAGUCUGCACCUGCGCGUUCUUAUGGAAGAUGUGUCAAGCUUUGUACUUUCAUGGCGCCUUCCUGUGUGGUAGUGGUCUACACUGAAGCUUACCCUUCCACCUCGUGGACCCAAUGUUACUAAAAUGAAGCGGAAAAGCAAAGUACUGAAUGAUGAAAAAUUCACCAAGAAACGUAGAUUGGAAGAGGUUAAAGAGGAAGAAGAUGGCAGAGAGGAUCAUGGGACAUCAUUUAAUGACCACUCCACCUCUCCCUCGGGUUUGGGAGAUAUUGGAGUUAUCGAAAGCAUCACCAUAAAGAAUUUCAUGUGUCACCAUUUGCUUGGUCCGUUCCAGUUCGGGCCCAAUGUGAACUUCAUUGUUGGCAACAAUGGAAGUGGGAAAAGUGCCAUACUGACUGCUCUAAUAGUGGGCCUUGGUGGAAAGGCCACCAUCACAAACAGAGGAGCAUCUUUGAAGGGUUUUGUGAAAAAUGGUGAAAGCACAGCGGAUGUUACAGUGAAACUGAGGAACAGAGGACCAGACGCGUACAAAGGGGAUGUCUACGGAGAAUGCAUUUCUAUUGAACAAAGGAUUUCUAGUGAUGGUGUUCGGACGUGCAGGUUGAAGAGUAAAACAGGGCACUUGGUUUCAAAUAAAAAGGAUGAAUUGACUGCAAUUUUAGAUCACUUCAACAUCCAGGUGGAUAACCCAGUCUCAAUUCUUAACCAAGAAAUGAGUAAGCAAUUUCUCCAUUCAAAAAGCGAAGCAGAUAAGUAUAAGUUCUUCAUGAAAGCGACUCUACUGGAGCAGAUGAAGAGAGACUACAUCCACAUCAAACAGACUAAAGCAGUGACCAGAGAACAGGUUGAGAGGCAAGAGGAGUGUCUAAAGGAUCUCAAGCAGGAGUUUUUGCAGAAGAAGGAGAGGUAUGAAAACCUGUCAUCUGUUGGUAAGAUGAAGGAGACUCUGGAGGAACUCAAGAAGAUGAUGGCAUGGUGCUUGGUGAGAGAAAAGGAGCGGUUGGUCCAACAGCUACAGGAACAGAUAGACGCAGAGGAACGUAAUCACAAACACGAAGAAAACCUUCAACUCUGUCAGAAUAAGGUGACAGUAGCUGAAAAGACAUUGCAGGAGAUCCAGAGCAGGCUUCACAGUCGGAAAGAAGAGGAGGAGUCACUGUCAGAGGACUGUCGGAAGAUAAAGGAAGAAGUAAAGUCAAAGAAUAAAGCUCAGAAAGAGCAGGAGGUGGUGUACUUCCGUGCUGUGAACAAACUGAAGCAAUCAGAGAAGGAACAGUCCCUUCUUCACGAGAGAAUUCACAAAGUGAAAAAUAUUGGGAGUGAGAACAAGAAGGCCGAGGCAGAGCACACCAAGAGACUGCAGAAGAUCUCCAGUCUGAGGACGCAGUUGGAGAAGCAUGAGACGCAGUGCACCGCUCUGAAUCAGGAGAUCAAGGACAGGCAACAGGCGCUGUUCAAAGGGAAGGAGGAGCUGGACAAACUACGGUUGGAAGAGAAGAAUAUUCAGGUGUCGAUGGAAGCCAAACUGAAGAGGAAGAACCAGCUCCUGGCCAGUAGAUCCAACAAACUGAAGCGCUUUGGAGAUAACAUGCCUGACCUGCUAGACACCAUAGACAAGGCUUACAUCCAAGGACGUUUUACCAAGAAACCUCUUGGCCCUAUAGGGGCAUGUAUAAACCUGAAGGACCCUGCCUUAGCUGUAGCAGUGGAGAGCUGCUUGAGGAGCUUCAUGAAGACCUUCUGCUGUGACAACUACAAGGACGAGGCCGUCCUCCAGGAUCUGAUGUCACGCUACUUCUCUAAAGGCAACAGACCCCAGAUCAUCGUCAGCCCCUUCUCUGGCUCCGUCUACAAGGUUCAAGGACGGGGAGUCAAUCACCCAGACUACCCCUCAGUACUGGACUCUCUGAGCAUAGCCAACCCAGUCAUCACAAACUGUCUCAUCGACAUGAGAGGCAUAGAAUCCAUUCUCAUAAUCAAGGAGAAGGAUGCAGCCAGGAGAGUGAUGCAACAAGGCCGACCCCCGAGGAACUGCCGUGAGGCCUUCACUGUGGAGGGAGACCAGGUUUACCCUAACCGGUACUACACUCCAGACUUCAGCAUGGCCAAAUACCUCGGGGGAGAUCUGGAAACAGAAAUUCGCAUGGUGGAGUCAGAGCUGGAGAACUACAAGGCCCAGCUCUCCCGAUUUCAGCUUCACCUGAGCUCAGUCAAUGAGGACAUCCAGCGCAUGGAGGCCAAACUACACAGCACAAUCAUGACUCUGAAAAAGACUCUGGCCACAGUGAAUCAGGUCAAGGCCGGUGUGACCGAGCUGGAGAAUGUUGAGGAGGAACAGACUGAUGACAUCAGCACUUUGGAAGAAGUGGCUCAAGAGAACCAGCAGAGAAUCGACAGUGAGAAGGAAACUGUGGAGGAAGCGAAGGAGGAGCUGGAGGAGCAUAAGAGAACUACCAAGGAAGUUGAUUGCCAGUAUGUUGAUGUGAGGAACAGGAUAGAACAGCUGGCUGAGGAGACAGAACCACUGAAGGAGGAACAGGGUAAGGCUGAAGCACAGUGCAGUAAACUGGAACGAAACCUGAAGAUCUUAGAGAAGAAACUCAAGGAUCAUCAGGACAACAUGCAGGCUAUGAGAAGUGAUCUGGCUCUGAAAGAAGAGGAGGUCACAGAAUUUGUGGCCAAAGCCAAAGAGAUCAGCCCAGAGCGCCAACAGGUAGAGCGCAGCACCAGGAGUAUUGAUGUGGAGAUCACGAGGUUACGGAGGAAGAUCAGCGUUCAGGAGAGUAGCCAUGGAGACCACGAGCAGGUGGUUAGAGAGUAUGCAGAGGCCCUGGCUAACUACAGGGACAAAUCAAACCAAGUGAGAGAUCUGAAGAAGUUCAUUGAUCGUCUUGACAACAUAAUGUCCGACAGGCAGACCCGGUACAAAAUAAUGCGCAGGUCCCUCUCUGUGAGAUGCAAGUUGUACUUUAAUAAUUUCUUGAUAAAGAUGAAUUGCUGUGGGUCCAUGAUGUUUGAUCACAGCAGUGAGACGCUCUCCAUCUCGGUGAAGCCGCCAGGCCGUGAGAACGACAGUAUGAGUGACAUGCGGUCUCUGUCUGGAGGAGAGAGAUCCUUCUCUACAGUGUGUUUUAUCCUCUCCCUCUGGGAGAUCACUGAGUCCCCCUUCAGGUGCCUGGACGAGUUUGACGUCUACAUGGACAUGCACAAUCGUCGUAUCUCAUUGGAUCUCCUCCUGGAGCUGUCAGAACGGCAGCACCUUCGUCAGUUCUUCUUCAUCACCCCCCUAUCUACCAGCAAUUUGCCAAAAAGUGACCACAUCAAGAUACAUCAGCUGCAGGAUCCAGAGAGGGACAGGAGGACAUACAGGAGAUGAAGACCUGGGGUAGUUGAUAGAUGUCAGUGUUGGGGUCAAUUUGGUUAGUAAACCAAAUUCCAAUUUGUACUUCCUGAAUUUACUGGAAUUGAAAUGGAGUUGACCCCAACCCUGAUAGAUGGUGGAUUAGGCCAUCGUCAUGCCUAACAAGCCAUUAGAACAGUGCAGGAUUUUUAAACACAUUCUAUUCAUGUUUGCUAGAAGUGAAUACGUAAGCCUCUCUGGGAGACUUAAGACUCUGCUUUAUUGUUGUGCGCCAUGCAGACGGAUGAAUUAUGAAGAAUUCCCCUUAUGAUACAGUAUGUAGGCCUAUAUACUUUCAUAGUGGCUGUGUGGAUACAUCUUUAUUGUAUUGUCAACACCGUUACUUUCACAUAUCUCUAUGCAUAUUUAACAUUUUCUACAUAUUAAAGCUGCAAUGUGUAACUUUUUGAGAAUGACCCAACCAAAUUCGCUUAGAAAUGUGUGUUAUAGUUCUCAUUGAAAGCAAGUCUAAGAAGUGGCAGAUCUGUUCUAUGUGAGCUAUGUCUAUGCUUCCCGUUCUUACGUUUUGUCUCUCUUACUUUCGGUUUUGUACACCAGCUUCAAAUAGCUGAAAAUACAAUAUUUUUGUUUAUGGAAAAUAUAUUUCACAGCUGUUUAGAUGGUACAAUGAUUCUUAUUAUUGAGCAUCUUUAAUUGCUUGUAAUUUAAAUUCUGUAAAUUUGGUUUUGGCUGAUUUGUUGAUUGACUUUUUUCAGCUUACUGUAUGUGUACACUCGAUGUAGAUAUCUUUGACUUUGAUUACAGUUAGUAAUACACUGUAUAAUUUUGAUACAUUGGGAAUUCUGUUUUGUUUCAUUCCUUGUUCAGAAACAAUUUGCCAACCCUGCUAUUGAUUUAACUGUAAUAUGUUUAGGUUACUGCUGAUGAUGUGCUUUAAACUACUGUCAAUUGAAAGAUGUUUUACGCAUCAAAUUUUUCUAACCUAAUUUAUAUGUUAAUUCUUGUUACAUUGUUACAAUAAAAUGGAUUAACAAAUA